UUUUGCCCAGCGCCUUCAGGAAUUGAAAGUUCAGUAACUGAAAGUCAUUAAAAUGCUCACAGCAGCCCUGCGUGGUAGUUUUCCCCCAAGCUGGUGCCCUCCUAUGGGGUGGACUCCACCUCCCAUCAUCCCCUGAAUGGGCUUCGUUUAGUCCAGCUUCCAUGGCCAGCCAUCAUCCCUGGCAGUUCAUGGAGGCUGCAUCACAAUGGAUGGCGGAGAAGGUAGUGCUGACCUUGUGAUUAACAAAAGGUUUGUGUCUGAAGCGGAGAUCGAAGAGCGUCGCAAGCGAAGGCAGGAAGAAUGGGAGAAAGUUCGGAAACCAGAAGACCCUGAAGAAUGUCCGGAGGAAGAAUAUGAUCACCGCUCACUCUAUGAAAGACUUCAGGAGCAGAAGGACAAGAAGCAGCAGGAGUUUGAAGAGCAGUUCAAGUUCAAAAACAUGGUCCGAGGCCUAGACGAAGAUGAGUCGAAGUUCCUUGAUGAGGUUUCCCGGCAGCAAGUGUUAAUAGAAAAGCAGCAUCGUGAGGAGGAGCUCAAAGAACUCAAAGAAUACAGAAGCACUUUGGCAAAGGCUGACCUGAAGAAGGAAGCAGAGAAGAAAUUGCCGGCGAAACCAACAGAAAACAAGAGCAAGUUCUCUCAGGCAAAGCUGUUGGCGGGAGCUGUGAAACACAGAAGUUCCGACGGUGCCAACAGCGUGAAGAGGCUGAAGCUUGAUUCCGACCCUGACCUCGACAAGGCUCCAGAGCAGCCAUCCUGCAUGCCGCUGGGCAGUGGCUCCGUGAGCGGCUCGACCCUCCACUGCCCCUCCGCGGCUGUGUGCAUCGGGAUCCUGCCCGGCCUGGGGGCCUACUCGGGAAGCAGCGACUCUGAGUCUAGCUCGGACAGUGAAGGGACCAUCAACUCCACCGGCAAAAUCGUCUCGUCUGUUUUUCGGGGCAGCAAUUUCUUUGAUGCCCCGCUGUAGGAUUCUCCCCAGCUAGUCAGAGGCUCAGGUGGAACUUUUAAAAGGAAAAAAAACCACAUGGUUUUCAUCAUACUGGGCAUACUCCAACCUCACAAGUUUUCACCUGUCUGUUUCCACCCCACCCCCAGAGAAUACCAACAAAAUGUCCUGAAUCUCUCUUUGUGAGUUUCCCCUCUCUUUCCUCCUCCCUGCCAACCCCCCCUCUAAAACAGCAUCCUCCUUAGGAGACAGACUUUGGAUCGUUGAUCAGUGAAUUUUCCUCCGGAAAUCUACCUGUUUAAAGGGAAGCAUGAAUCGUUGAGAGUCCACAAUAAAGAUGGUUGAGCUGUCAUGUUUUUAAAAGAUUUCGUGGGGGUUGCUGUGCUUUGGUUUUACAGAAGAGCCUGCUUUUUUUGAGAGGGGGGGAAGUAGAUGUCUGCCAAGUGUGAGCACAUGGCCCGGUGCUCUUUUUAGUUUCAAUUACCAUUUUUCAUGUCUAAUUGAGAGGAAGUAAAAAAAUCAAGCAGAUGGCAAGAUGCAGAUUGUCAUGAUACUGUUAACAGAGUUUUAGUGUUGUAUAUGAUUAAAGAAAUCCUGAAUGCAUUUUUUAAAAAAAUAUA